UAGACAUUACAUAACUUAAUAGUCCUUCAGUGAUGUGUCAGAGAUAAGGUUAGCUAACUGCCACAUACAACAAUAGUUGUCAUUGUUCACUGGCGACAUGUCACCCAAUGGUUGGGCUUUCCUCGUAAUAUUAUUUACAUUUGGUUCAUGUGAAUCAAUCCGACCCAUAUGCGAGACAGAUGACUGUAAGAAAACUGCCGAUAGAAUUCUGAGCUACAUGGAUCCCUCUGUCAGGCCCUGCGAUGACUUCUACAAAUUUGCUUGCGGGAAAUUCCUGGAAACUGCAGAACUACGUGAUGAUACGACACAAAACUCUUCGUUUAUCCAAGUUAGUGAUAUACUGGAAGAUCAGUUGAAGGCUAUAGUUUUCGAAGAGUCGAGACCUGAUGAACCUUAUCCAUACCAGACAAUGAAACAUCUCUUUUCACUUUGUUUGGAUGAAGACAAGAUAGAUGCCAGAGGAGUAAGUCCAGCGGUCUCCAGACUGGCAGCUGCUGGAGGCUGGCCGGUGCUGGGAAACUGGAGCGAGUUUGGCUGGAGCUUCCUGGACACUGAAAUACGACUGAGAAACCUCUCUAUCGGUGGCGGAAGUCUCUUCCAGAUAUCCGUAUCCAUUGAUGCCAAGAAUACCAGCAAACGUGUCAUUGAGAUUGACCAGGCCGGCUUGGGACUGCCACGGGAGUUUCUAGUCAAGGGACUGAGCGACCCCAUAGUCCAGGCCUACUACAGUUACAUGGUGGACAUAGCGGAGAUGUACGGGGCAGAUAGACGACUGGCACAAGUGAAACUCAACGAGAGUUUGAUGUUCGAGAUAGAGCUAGCAAAGAUAACAGUACCUCGAGAACAAAGGCGGGACUUUGAACGCAUGUACAACCCCUACGGGCUGGAAGAUCUUAUGGCAGAGUUCGGGUGGGUCAACUGGGCAGCACUUCUAGAGAGCAUGAUGCCAGCGUCUGUGCAGCUCAGGAAAAACGAGCUGAUUAUCGUCAACGAAGUGGAGUUCCUCAAGAAGCUUGAGGUGUUCCUACAGAAGUACUCCGAUGAAGUGAUUGCCAACUACAUGAUGUGGCAAGCAGCUGGCGAUAUGACGGACAUUCUGACCAACCAGAUGAGGAAUAGGAAGAUGGAAUAUCGCCGAGCGACUGUAGGAAUAGCUGCGCGAGAGCCACGGUGGAAGGAAUGUAUCGGAGUCGCUUCAAGUCUUUCGCUGGCUCUUUCUUCACUUUACGUCGAGAGAUACUUUGAUGAGACCUCCAAAAAGGCAGCUCUGAAUAUGACCAAUAUGAUACGAGAAGAAAUCAUCCGUGACAUUCAAGAACUGGACUGGAUGGAUGAAGAAACCAAAAAACGAGCGGUGUACAAGGCAUCUCAAGUUGUUCAACAUAUUGGUUAUCCCGAUGAGCUUACGGAUAUGAACAAAAUUGAAGAAUUCUAUAAAGGGCUGGACAUUGACAAGGACCAGUACUUCGAGGCCUUGAUCGAUCUGUCUCGUUGGGCCAACGACUACAAGUUCCGCCAACUGCGAGAGGAGGUAAACAGGACAGACUGGAGGUCGCACGGUACUGUCACUAUGGUAAACGCCUUCUAUAACCCUAUGGAGAACUCAAUGCAAUUUCCAGCUGGAAUUCUCCAGCAGCCGUUUUUCAGCGCUCGGAUUCCUCAGUAUGUGAGCUACGCCAGGAUAGGGUUUAUUGUCGGUCACGAGAUUACGCAUGGCUUUGAUGAUCAGGGGAGCCAGUUUGACUACAAGGGUGACCUUGACGAAUGGUGGGGGAAGGAGAGCAAGGAGAAUUUCAAGAAGAAGACGAUGUGUAUGAUAAAUCAAUACGCCAGCUAUAAAGAGAGCCAGACUCAAUUGAACUUGAACGGCAUCAACACACAGGGAGAAAACGUGGCAGACAACGGUGGCUACAAGUUGGCCUAUCUUGCCUACCAUCGGAUGGCAGAUCAGCUGAUGGAACCGGAACCAGGGUUGCCAAACUUGGAACAAUACAGCAACGAUCAGCUGUUUCUGAUCAGUACUGCCAACCUCUGGUGCACGCGGUAUCGCCCUGAGGCUCUCAGAAUGCUUAUCACUACAGACCCACAUUCGCCGGCAGAGUUUAGAGUUAACGGAGUCAUGAAGAACUUCCCGGAGUUUAGUAAGGUGUUCCAGUGUGGCCCUGGGGAUGCUAUGAAUCCGGAGAAUAAAUGCGCUGUUUGGUAAUCCCAGUUAAAUUUACUGGGAUUAAUUGUAACUGUGUUUCAAAUGAACUAAUGAGUACUAGUUUGCUUUGUAGUAUGACGUUUCGUCGUAGAUUUGCGAAUAAUCAGGAAAUUGAAUCCGAAUUAUUAGUUUGUAAUAUUUAUACGAAAAGUACAAAAAAAUUUCAGGCUUAGAUCUUAGAGGAAGCUCUCGUUUGAUUGGAAACUCUGAAGGGAACACAUCCAUUUUUAACUUGGUGCUCAUUCUGUAUUUCGAAUUCAGAUCUUGUCCUAUCUAACAAUCUUUGACGUUCUUUAGUUAAUACAUACGAGUACUUCUGCAGCGUCUUAUCUUUAUCAGUUCUUCGUGUACGCAACAGGCAGAUGGUUCAUAAUUUCAAAUUCAAAUUGAAAAAGUUAUGAAAUUUGCCGAUAUUCCUUCCUUUCUUUAUUUAUCAUAACUGAUUACAAUAGGGCUGUGUACAGUAAUACCUGAUCUUACCAGUAAAACAUGACACACAAAUUCGUAUGUCCCAUUGUCAAUGCUGGAAGAGAUGAAUACUGUCAUUGAUAUGUCUGACGUAUCGAGAUAAAUUGAACGUCUACUUAAUUUAUAAAUAAUUCCUGAAUAUGAAGAUAUGAAUUUCCAAUUGUAACUUAACUUUAAUAGUUCCCAUGUUUUGCAGCUGAACGGCAUCAACACACAGGGAGAAAACGUUGCUGACAACGGUGGAUUCAAGUUGGCUUAUCUUGCGUACCAUCGGAUAGCGAAUCAAUUGAUGGAACCGGAACCAGGGUUGCCAAACUUGGAAAAAUACAGCAACGAUCAGCU